AUGGAGAACGACAAUGCGGAUGCCAAGUGGUCUGCACAUGCAACGACGUAUAGCUCGGUCUUUGGAUCGAUGACGCAGUACUGGGCCGCUGACGCACUGCAAAUUGCGCACCGCGACAUUCUCGAGAAACUCGAUCACAAUGCAAACUCGGGUGUUCCUUUCCACUUCCUGGACGUUGGCUGUGGCCCUGGAGUCCUUAGCUUCGAAUUCGCACGUCGAUAUCUCCAUAAGAAGACGGACAUACGCAUUACCGCGUCGGAUUGGUCGGACAUGAUGUUGCAGGAAAUGACGAAUGCGCUGGAAGACGAUCCCGCGUUGCGUCCGUUCCGUGCCGCGAUCACCCCGUUGCAAGCAGACGGAACAACGUUGGACAGCAUUCCGACUGCGUCGGUCGAUGCCGUCGGCUCGAAUUUCGGGCUCAGUAUCAUCAUCGAUCGCACCCCAGCGUGGAAAGCAGCUCGUCGCGUGUUGAAAGACGACGGCCUUUUGAUUGUCACGGCGUGGGCUGACAAGAGUUCGCAUUUGAUAUGGUUUGAUAAGCUCACCGAUAUGUUCAAUGCUGCAGGAGGUGAUGGAGAGCCACUGCCGCAUCCGUCGUUGGUGGUAGCAUCGGAUCGAGAGAGGGUGCUGAAGGAGCUACAAGCUGCGGGGUUCCGACAGGUCAAGUCGUACUGCACGACACACACGGUUGUGUUUGACGACUCGAAAACAUUCGCGCAAGCAACUAUGAGCAAUCCCUCUGGUGUCAAGUUCUUGGAGAGGCUGACGAAGGAGCAGAUGGAAGCGACGCUGAUGAACCUGAUGGAAGAAGACAGUCGCAAAAACACAUACUCGGAGGAAGGUUCUGCUGCGACAACGACAAGUGGCGAUGUAGUCGCCGACCUCUCUCCGACUUUGAUUCCAAUUACUGCGUUCACGAUCGUUUCACGAAAGUGA